UUGGCGGCGGGCGCGGGGGCGGGGCGGGCGCGCCCGGGCCGGUGGCUCCGCCUCCUCCCGCCGCCGCCCGCGCCGCCCAUCUGCCGCCCGCCGGUCGCCGGUGCAGCGGCAAUGCCCCGCAGCCCGGCCGCGGCCCCCGGCCCGCCCAGCUAGCCCCGCACCGCGAUUCUCGGAGCAGCGAUGGGCAACACGGUACACCGGACCCUGCCAGACUCUAGCCCUCCUGCACGCCUCCUGGCCACCCGGCCUUGCUACGGUCCGGGCCCGGAAAGGCGAGCGGUCCUGGGCGAGGCGCCCCGCUUCCAUGCUCAGGCCAAGGGCAAGAACGUACGUCUGGACGGCCACUCGCGCCGGGCCACGCGGCGGAACAGUUUCUGCAACGGCGUCACCUUCACGCAGCGCCCCAUUCGCCUGUACGAGCAGGUGCGGCUGCGCCUGGUGGCCGUGCGUCCCGGCUGGAGCGGCGCGCUGCGCUUCGGCUUCACUGCGCACGACCCGUCGCUCAUGAGCGCUCAGGAUAUCCCCAAGUACGCCUGCCCCGACCUGGUCACGCGACCUGGAUACUGGGCCAAGGCGCUGCCCGAGAACCUGGCGCUACGGGACACGGUGCUGGCCUACUGGGCCGAUCGCCACGGGCGCGUCUUCUACAGCGUCAACGAUGGCGAGCCGGUGCUGUUCCACUGCGGCGUGGCCGUGGGAGGCCCGCUCUGGGCACUCAUCGACGUCUAUGGCAUCACGGACGAGGUGCAGCUGCUGGAGAGCACCUUCGCAGACACGCUGACCCCCCUGCGCCUGGGCCAGGCCCGCCUCAGCGCCUGCCCCCCUCCGGGCAGCCACGAUGCUGCCAACUUUGACAACAAUGAGCUGGAGAAUAACCAGGUGGUGGCCAAGCUGGGUCACCUGGCUCUCGGUCGUCCCGACGCCUCCGUCCCGUGCGUGGCCCGUGAACGCGCGAGGCCCGCCUCGUCGCCUGCGCUGCUGGACGCCGAGCUGCGCUUCCACGCCACGCGCGGCCCCGACGUGAGCCUGUCCGCCGACCGCAGGCUAGCCUGCGCGCCCCGCCCCGACGGCGGCCGCACGCUCGUAUUCUCCGAGCGGCCGCUGCGGCCGGGGGAGAGCCUGUGCGUGGAAGUGGGGCGCCCGGGGCUGGCGGCGCCCGCGGCUGUGGCCUUCGGCAUCACGUCCUGCGAUCCUGGCGCGCUGCGGCCAUCCGAGCUGCCCGCCGAUCCCGCUGCGCUGCUGGACCGCAAGGAAUAUUGGGUGGUGGCGCGCGCGGGGCCCGUGCCCAGCGGAGGCGACGCGCUCAGCUUCACGCUGCGACCGGGCGGCGAUGUCCUGCUGGCGGUGAACGGGCGCCCGCGGGGACGCCUGCUGUGCGUGGACACCUCGCAGGCGCUCUGGGCCUUCUUCGUGGUGCGCGGCGGCGUGGCGGGCCAGCUGCGUCUCCUGGGUACCCUACAGUCCAGUCCUGAGACCACAACGCCAUCAGGGUCCUUCAGUGGCUCCCAGGAUGACAGCGAUUCAGACAUGACCUUUGGGGUCAACCAGUCGUCCUCAGCGUCAGAAUCGUCUCUGGUGACAGCCCCCAGCUCCCCACUGAGUCCCCCGGUGUCCCCAGCCUUCUCUGCCCCCGAGCCGGCAGGCAGCAGGAACGGAGAGUGCACGGUGUGCUUCGACAGCGAGGUGGACACGGUCAUCUACACGUGUGGACACAUGUGCCUGUGCCACAGCUGCGGCCUGCGGCUCCGAAGGCAGGCCCGGGCCUGCUGUCCUAUCUGCCGGCGGCCCAUCAAGGAUGUUAUCAAGAUCUACAGGCCGUAGCCGUGCAGCUGGCUCGGCCAAGGCGAGGUCACCUUUCUGAAGCCCCUGCUGGGUGGGCGACACCAUGGCUAUCAGGGAGCCCGGGGGCAGGAGCCAUCUCUCAUCUGCCACUCCGCAGUGAUGAGCAAGGCAGGACAGGUGUGGAGAUGAGGCGCUGGGGGGCCAGAGGCCAGGCGAGCAUUUGCUACUUCUGACUCAGACACACACUGCCCCCCAAAAGCCUGUCCCAGGAUUCAGCUCAGGAACUGCCUGGUAGAUCACCUGCCACUUGGUGACCUUCAGCUGGGAAAGGGUACCCUCUGUCUGUGCAAUGCUUCUUUGGGGUUGGGUUGAGUGUGUGUGUGUGUGUGUGUGUGUGUGUGUGUGUGUGUGUCGGGGUGGGGGUAGACAGCACGGAGAGUGCGUGAGAGCGAGCGAGCGUGUGUGUUUUAUGCAGGGAUCCGUCUCCUGGAGGGUAUUUAACACUAAGGAAUGUGCAAUCUGGGCCCAACUGUUAAUGUGAUGGUUGUCUACUUUUUGGGGAUUUGGUUUUCUGCAAUGAGCUAGCUUUGAACACACGAGGCCUGAACCUACACAAAGCUCCCUCAAUGGCAUUCAGAUUUUCUAAGGGAAAGCAAAAAAAUAGCUCACUGUUUACAGCUCCAGGUGGCAGUGCCUGCUGAGGGGGCGAAGGUGGGCGGAGAACAUCAGAGAACAGGUGGCUUUUACUUCUCACUCAGACUAGGCGUGGCCUUCCGUGGCAGCUGGGGACAGGUGCCCAAGCUUAGCAUCUAGAUUCCUUCAUCCCCAGCCAGUAGAACAGCAAACACCUCAGCCCCGCCCCUACAUGCUCUGGAGUUCUGUGAUGUCCUCCCUGUUCUCUGGGACAACUCCGUGUCUCCCACAGUAGAAUUAAGAGCUUUGGGCGUGUCCCGGUGAGCAGCCGGCUCCCUUGCCUGGUCUUCAUCCCAGUCCCGACCUUCUCAUUUUUCUGUUGAUUAUUAAUGGUGUUACCUACACUGGUGAGCUGCUCACAAGGAGCGGACUGAAAAUGCUCCCGGCUCCUGGGUCUCUUUGCUGACAUUUCCCAGGCCCCCGGCCCUGGCCCCCUCUCCCUGGGUCAGACUUGUUUCUGUCGGCUUCCAGGCCUCGCCGUUGCUGAUACUUUGACUGUGUGUGCCACCCCUCCCUUCUGAGGAGGCACGGGUUGUACCGGAUGUCCGUCCACCCUGAGCUGCACCUUCCGAGGGGUUCUUCGGCCUCUCUUUUCUUUGUUCCUAUUUGGAAGCCUGGUGCCAGGGCCCUGGAGAGACCUGCUCAGGUUUUUUGAGAGAAAGCUUGAGACACCUUUGCCGGGAGCAACUGUUUUACUCACGGCUCCUAAUCUGGCCCUCUGUUGCUGUGAGGGGGGAAAGAAGAGGGGAAGAGAAAUGUUCAGGAAGUGAGGUUCAUGGAACAGGCUUUGACAAGGAGCCUCGGACCACCGGGAGCAGCCUAAGCCCCACUCGGUGCCCCUGGUGGCUGGAGGCUUUGGGCCUACAGUGCUUCUCUGUCUGAGAGAGUCUGGACCUGGCCUGGUCACAGCUUCCUUCUCCCUCUCCCAGUAGGAGCCUCUGAGAGCUUGCUUUUCCUUAGGGACUUCAGGGCACGCGGCCACCUUUUCACUUUAGGGUGACUUUGUCUUUUUUUAGUGUUUUGGUUUGUUGUUGUUUUGGUUUUCCUGGAACUCACUCUGUAGACCAGGCUGGCCUCAAACUCAGAGAUCCGCCUGCCUCUGCCUCCCCAGUGCUGGGACUAAGGGUGUGCACCACCACUGCCCUGGUGCAGCUGAAUCCUUUAAGGAGCCACAGUAACCCUUGUCUGCCUGGGUGGGAGUCUGAGAAUCAGGCGCUCUGGGUACACAGCUCAGUUUACACAGUCCAAGCUUUUAGCCUGUACACGUGCUAGGUAUGGGCAGAGCCUCCUCAUUGCCGGUGGUGAUGACUGGGUGUCCACAGCCAUGGCCCUGUCUGACUAGAGUCUCUAACUGCCACAGUUUAAAGGGGAACAAACUCCCCUUUGCCUCUUGCCCUCCCAGCUAGACCCUUGAGAUGUAGCAGGGGGUCACCCACAGCCACCACCAGGACAUCAGCAGCUGAGGUCCCAGACUCGGGUGGACCAGGCAGGCUUCUGGUGACCUCUUACCAGGACAGAAAGGAACCACAGGCCUGUUUAACCUGCUCUGCAGCCGCUAUAAAUAGCUGCCUUGUUUCCCACAGAGCAAAGGGGAUGUUUCUGUUCUAAAAGUCAGGUAUUUGCCUGUGCUCUGAAAGAUGGAGUCGGACCCUAAGGGCAAUGUGUAUGUGCGUGUUUCAUCUCAACAAGAGGCAGGAGGAAAAGAAGCUGGUGUCUUUCAUCAGGUGCACAUGCCUGGACACUGAGUUAAAGAGACGCCUUUGUCCAGGGCCCUGUGUAUAGGUUUUAGGGCCAUAUUGAGUCCCAUCUGAGACUUGGCUGCUUAGAAGGCUCACCAUCCUAUGGGCGACUUCUAAAGUCACACCCACCUUGGCCACAGGACGCUAGGAUGCAGCUUCCAGGUCAAAGGUCGUCAGCUGCAGGACACAAGUGUCCUUGCUUGGCAAGUGAGCCCUGAGAUCCUGUGAGACUCCUAAGGAUCACAAAACAGGAAGUGGCAGGGCGGGGAAUUGCAGUACCCGCAUGUAGCCCUCCCUGGCCUGCCUGCCCUACUUCUCAGGAAGCUCAGUACUACCCGAGUCUUCUUUCCCAAGACUCACCUGGAUAGCCUGGUGCCCACACCUGUGGAGAAGGAUCUGGGCCACUGUCCCUUGCUGCCCACACCCUAGAGAGGACAGAUGUCCUCCAAGGCUCAUGCACUCGCCCGUCGGCACUGGGACGCCAUGCGGGGCUGCUCUGGAGAGGGGCUUUAGGCCGCCCCUUUCUGGGACCUUGCAGCCACUCCCUUCUCAGGCAGUACCUCAGCCCAUUUUCCAGGCUCACUGCCCAUUUGUGCCCUGUGAACCUCAAAAGCCAAGAGUAGGAUGGGGAGGCCAAGUUCCCCCACCCCCAUCCAUGGCAGCCAUAUCUGCCCACUGGAACUUUCUGGAAAACAGUUGUUUCCCAGGCUAAGCCGGGUCCUCCUCCUACUGGGGUUGACCCUCUCGGGCAGCCGUCCUGCACAGGCUGCAACACACGUCUUCACUUGUCCAGUGUCCACUCACCAGCAUGGCUCGUGGUCAGGACAUGAGAUAGCAGACUGGGACAAAAGGCAGGGCCUGUGGGCAGCUCUCAGGCAAGAGGCCACAUCCUAAACUGAUUUGCUCACUCUGGAGUUGGGGCUUGUGCUAGCACGUAGUAGGUACUCAGUAAACGACCGCAGAUCAGACCAGGAGCCAGGUUAGGAGUGGUCAGGAGGUUGGUGCAACAGCAUCCUGUAUAUAUACAGACACAAAGUCAUUCAACAAACAUUUGCUGAGUGCCCUCAGGAUGUUACCUGCUCUAAGGGGCAACAGAGAGCACCCAGCCCUGAUUCGUGAGUGGUACCAUCAACGGGCAAGACGGGGAGGGAGGAGCACGUGGGCUUUCUUGACCAUUCUUUUGCCUUGGAUUCAUCUAGAUAAACACCCACAAAGCUUUCCGCACCCAUUUUAGGGGUGUUCUUUGUGGUGAGUGAGCCCUUGCCAAACAGCCAAGACCCCACCAGUUAAUGGCCACCUACAGGGAGUCUCUGGGGAGAUAGCUCCCUGCUGCUUCCACGCACUGGUGGGGCUGGGCACAGCAGCCCUGAAUUCCAGCUGCAAACGGCAUUGUGCAACCUUGGAACAGGGGAAGCAGUAACCGCUCACUGCAUUGCCCAUCCUGCCCUGGCUGGGAACACGGCUCAGGGACACUGGGCCUCCCAGCGUUUCUUAAUAUUUUAGUGUCUCACUGUUUUCCCUCAAGUCCCUAAUGGAACUACCAACAUGACAAUCUGUCUGUGCCUUAUGGAAGUGUGUGUGUGUGUGUGUGUAUGUGUGUACACUUUUUAUCCUUUAAAAUGCAACCCUUCAACGUGGACAAGAAGCAUCGGUUGGGCUUCAGACGCCAGCGAGGAGUCCCUGAGGCCCUCUUGCGGUUUGCGGUUGGACUAAGAGUGUUCAUCCCCCCCACCCGUCCCCACUACCUGUGUACAGACCCUUUGAAACAUGUCUGUCUUCUCUGAUUCAAUACUGUGACCCUCCAAUGCCAUCUAGUCUUGGGGGAACUGUACUAAAGGCCUGAGAACUUGGGGAGUAAGCGGGAAGGGUUUGCGUUGGUCUUUGUGUGUUGUGUGUUCUGAUAUUCGUCUGUUUUUAUCUGUUUUAUAUUAACAUAACUUUACUGUUUGAAAACAAAUACAACUUCGGCU